CUAUGGCAUUUCGUAGUCCAUGACUGAUUAUAUACCUAUUACAAGAUGGCUGCAACUGUCUAAAAAAGAGUGAUUAUUUUGUAAAGGUUAAAGUUGUCAUAUUUUCUCGACAAAACCCAAUUGUACUUUUCUGUUCUUAUGGAUUUGGAAAACAGACGGAAAAGCAGCGAUAAGAGUUUCGACACAGACGAUGAUUCUGAUUAUGCUAUGAUAAAACGGAUUAAAAUGGAGCCAGAAGCUAUGUUAUCGCAAGAGAACGAUAUAAUGGCCCAGUUACAACAAGAAAGCUCUGAUUUAGAGGUAGAGCCAAGUUUUGCAUUGGAAGGAUCUGCAAAUGGUGAGGAUUGCAAUGAAGGUAUCUUAAUGCAACAUAUGGAUAUCAGAGAGCCUCUCUCUACCUUGAGAAAUCUCUUGGAACAAAGACUCGGGGUAGAGUUGACAGAUUAUUCAUUUUGGUUGCAAGAUGCACAAAUGUUAGAAAGUCACAAAAACUUAGUUGAUCAGUGCGUGCAAGGAGAAGGAUUGGUUCAAGUAAAUGUUCAGAUAAAAGCAACGCACAGGAGAAUAAAUAUAGUGGAUGUUUUAAAACCUGCAGAGGAUUAUAUAGAAUUAGCAGAAAAUAAUACAUCCACACCAGUUAAUGAAGAUAGCAAACGAAAUGUCAUAAGAUGGAUGGUUGAUCCUCAAUAUAAGAAAGAACAGGAACGGUUAAAAAUUCCAGCCGAUCCAAAAGAAUGGACACAAACACAUGUCAAACAUUGGCUUCAAUGGGCAGUUAGGCAGUUCAAUUUGGCCUCGGUGAGAUUAGCAGAUUGGAACAUUACGGGUCAACAAUUGUGUAAUCUCACGCUGGAAGAAUUCCAAGCUAAAGUGCCUCUAGAUCCCGGAGAAGUGUUUUGGACCCAUUUAGAGUUACUUCGAAAGUGUAAAUUUGUCGCUGUUGUUCAAAAGGAUCCACCAGCAUCACCUACGGAAAAUAACGUGGAUAGAACUAUAAAAGUUCGCAACCAAAAAGCGACGAAGACACGACCAGUAGUGAAUCAACAAGCACGAGUAGUUAGCGUUCCUUUAGAGAACAUCGACUCCACGCCGAUCAGUAUAGCAACCUCAAGUCGUUCGGUUAACAGCGGUCAAAUACAGUUGUGGCAAUUCCUGUUGGAAUUGCUGACAGACCGCGAACACAGAGGCGCCAUUCAAUGGAUUGGGACAGAAGGGGAGUUUAAAUUGAAUCAACCAGAAGCGGUGGCACAACUUUGGGGAGCCCGUAAAAACAAACCUUCGAUGAAUUAUGAGAAACUCAGCCGUGCAUUGCGUUAUUAUUAUGAUGGAGAUAUGAUAUCCAAGGUGCAUGGGAAACGCUUCGUAUACAAAUUCGUAUGCGACCUGAAGCAAGUUUUGGGUUAUUCGGCAGCAGAACUGAGCAGAUUGGUGGAAGAGGGCACAAAAUAUUUCUGAUGACAUGCUAUUUUUUUAUCACCACAGUGAAUUUUAUCAUUGUACUUUCAACGUGAUUUGUAUCAAUCAUUGUACAUAUUUAAUGGAAGAUAAAAGAAAAUGGGGAACAGAUUAUUAUUCAGACAAUCGAAUUAUACAUCGAAAUACAGAGAGAUCAUUGGAUAAA